AUGGAGACAGAAAAUACCCAGAGCAAAGAUGUUAGUAGGCAGGAAGAGGCCGAGGGAGAACUCAGUGAAGGAGAACAUUGGUAUGGAAACUCUUCCGAGACACCGUCAGAAGCUUCCUAUGGGGAAGUCCAGGAGAACUAUAAGUUGUCCCUGGAGGACCGGAUCCAGGAGCAGUCCACAUCCCCGGACACCUCCUUGGGAAGUGCGACUCCCAGCAGCCACACCUUGGAACUGGUGGCCCUCGACGGUGAGGUCCUGAGAGACUCCCUGCCAUGUCAAGACCACCCUUCACCUGGAGUGUCAUCUUUGUGCGAUGAUGACCCCCCAGGUGCCAACAAGCCCUUGAGCAGCAACUUGAGGCGGCUGUUGGAGGCCGGUUCCCUGAAACUUGAGGCCACAGCCACGGCCAAUGGCAGAGUGGAGUCCCCUGUCAACGUUAGCACGAAUCUCUCCUUUUCCCCGCCGGCCCACCAUGCCCAACAGCUCAGUGUUCUGGCCCGGAAGUUGGCUGAGAAGCAGGACCAGAACGACCAGUACACUCCAAGUAGCCGUUUUCUAUGGAAUCAAGGUAAGUGGUUGCCAAACUCAACCACCACCUGCGGCUUGUCCCCAGACUCAGCCAUCCUCAAACUGAAGGCUGCGGCCAACGCUGUGCUGCAGGAUAAAUCCCUCAGCAGGACAGAGGACACCCUGCGCUUUGAGUCCUUCUCCUCCCCCUUCAGCUCCCAGUCCGCCAGCUCUACCUUGGCAGCUCUGUCCAAGAAGGUCAGCGAGAGAAGCUUGACCCCCGGUCAGGAGCACCCGCCUCCUGCCAGCUCCUUCCUUUCCCUGGCCUCCAUGACCUCCUCGGCGGCCCUUCUCAAAGAGGUAGCGGCAAGGGCCGCCGGCAGCCUUCUGGCCGAGAAGUCCUCUCUGUUGCCUGACGAUCCUCUCCCGCCACCGCCUUCGGAGAAGAAGCUUGAGAAAGUGACCCCGCCACCUCCACCGCCACCUCCACCACCGCCGCCGCAAUCCUUGGAAUUAUUGUUACUCCCAGUUGCUAAGGGGAGAGUAUCCAAGCCCUCCAGCUCAGCCUCUGAAGAGGAAAGCGGGAAGCCUUUCCAGUGUCCAAUAUGUGGUUUGGUUAUAAAAAGGAAGAGUUACUGGAAGCGACACAUGGUGAUUCACACAGGCUUAAAAAGCCAUCAGUGUCCGCUCUGUCCAUUCCGGUGUGCUCGCAAGGACAAUCUCAAAUCUCACAUGAAGGUUCAUCAGCACCAGGACCGGGGAGAGACAUUUCAGUGCCAGCUAUGCCCUUUCACUUCCUCCCGCCACUUCAGCCUGAAACUGCACAUGCGUUGCCAUCAGCACUUCCUGAGGACAGAGGCCAAGGUGAAGGAGGAGAUCCCAGACCCAGAUGUCAAGGGACCUUCCCACCUCAGUGACAGUGCCUGCCUGGGGCAGCAAAGGGAAGGAGGAGGGACAGAGCUAGUGGGGGCCAUGAUGACGUCUAACACUCCCGAGAGGACUAGCCAGGGUGGGGCUGGCAUCUCGCCUUUGCUGGUGAAGGAGGAACCCAAGGAAGAUAACGGCCUGCCCACCUCCUUUAGCCUGAAUUCUGCCGACAGGCCCGCCAACCACACAAAGCUGAAAGACCCCUCCGAGUAUGUGGCCAACAGUGCGUCAGCAUUGUUCAGCCAGGACAUCUCUGUUAAGAUGGCGUCUGAUUUUCUCAUGAAGCUGUCAGCUGCAAAUCAGAAGGAGCCCCUGAAUCUUAAUUUUAAAGUGAAAGAGGAGCCCAAGGAAGAGGAGCCCCUAAGCACGACCUUGCCACGGCCCAGCUAUGUGUUCAGCCCGGAGCCAGAAGCACCCACCCCAAACAUCUCUCAGGACACACUUAAGUCACAGGAGGAGAAGGGGAGCAUGCUGCGGCAGGAUAUGUCAGUGAAAGCGGCAUCUGAACUUCUCAUGAAACUCUCAGCGGAAAGCUACAAGGAAACACAGAUGGUGAAGAUUAAAGAGGAACCCAUGGAGGUUGACAUCCAGGACUCGCAUGCCUCCAUAUCCCCGAGCCGAAAUGUGGGCUACAGCACUUUAAUCGGGCGAGAGAAAAGCGAACCCUUACAGAAGAUGCCAGAUGCCAGGGUACCCCCUGAGAGAAACCUCUUCAGCCAGGACAUCUCUGUGAAGAUGGCUUCCGAGCUCCUCUUUCAACUGUCGGAGAAAGUGAGCAAAGAGCACAAUCACACAAAAGAGAACACCAUGCGGACGACCACCAGCCCUUUCUUUUCAGAAGACUCAUUUAGACAAUCACCAUUCACCUCCAAUUCAAAAGAUCUGCUGCCCAGUGAGUCUCUGCUUCACGGAAGAAUAUCAACUCCAGAAACAGAAAAGAUAGUCCUCGAGGCAGGAAAUGGCUUACCAUCCUGGAAGUUCAAUGACCAGCUUUUUCCCUGUGAAGUGUGCGGGAAGGUGUUUGGCCGGCAGCAGACAUUGUCACGGCAUCUCUCACUGCACACAGAGGAAAGAAAAUACAAAUGCCACUUGUGCCCCUAUGCUGCUAAGUGCCGCGCGAAUCUGAACCAGCACCUGACCGUCCAUUCCGUGAAGCUGGUGAGCACGGACACCGAGGACCUCGUCAGCGCCGUCACCUCGGAAGGCAGUGAUGGGAAGAAGCACGCUUACUACUACAGUUGUCACGUGUGCGGAUUUGAAACCGAGCUCAAUGUCCAGUUUGUCAGCCACAUGUCACUCCACGUGGACAAGGAGCAGUGGAUGUUCUCCAUCUGCUGCACUGCCUGUGACUUUGUCACCAUGGACGAAGCGGAGAUAAAGGCUCACAUUGACACUAAGCACACAGGGGAAGACAGGAAGACCCCUAGUGAGUCCAACAGCCCCUCUUCAUCCUCCCUCUCAGCUCUGAGCGACUCUGCAAAUAGUAAAGAGGAUUCUGACAGCUCCCAGAAGAGCAAGAGUGGGAACAACCUGCUGGUCAUUUCUGUGGUGCCUGGGAGUCAGCCCUCAAUGAACAGUGAGGAAAAGCCGGAAAAAGGGUUCGAGUGCGUUUUUUGCAACUUUGUCUGCAAGACGAAGAACAUGUUUGAGCGCCAUCUGCAGAUACACCUCAUUACCCGGAUGUUUGAGUGUGACGUGUGCCACAAGUUCAUGAAGACCCCUGAACAGCUGCUGGAGCAUAAGAAAUGCCACACUGUCCCCACCGGUGGGCUCAAGUAAGGAAAGCAAGUACAGAACCUUUUACUGCGUUGUUACAUACCCCCUCCCCUGCC